AGUGAUAUGCAUUAAUUCAGCGUUUAGCCUAGUGUCUUAUUUGUCUUAUGACGAAUUUGUUGAAUGCAUUGAUUAGCUGUCGGAUGAAAAAUUUCUAGAAAGAACUGAUGUGAUAAGAUUAAAAUGAGACAAGUAUAUUUUGUCUCGCUUUAAUUUAUUACACUGGCACAGCAGUGCAUCUAAAAAGAACGAACUAUGUAUGUAGGAGGUUAAAGGCACUUAACCUCUACUAACCAGUAAUCGACAGACAAGAAAAGUUUAUGGCGCGGAUAUAUAAAUUGUGUUUGAACCUUUUCCGAGAUUGCUGAAGAUAAUCUGCUAGUAAAUAGUGUCUACAGACAAUUCGGUGAAUUGCACCGUGGCAAUUACUUUACUCGUUUCUCCAUCAGUAUUAUCAUUAUUCAUAACCACGUGAGACAGUAACACAAGUGCGAUGCACGUGGUGUAGGUUUAAUUAAGUUAACCUCUUCAAGCAUCGUUAUCUCUUCUAAAUUCUGGAUACUUUGGUCAUUAAUUCGAAAAAUAUGGCGGAAUCACACGAGAUUAUUGGGAAGAAACGAAAGAAGAAGCGUUCUCACAUGCAAAUGGCAAAGAAAUUCGCUCGCCAAAGGUCAAGCGGUAACGAACUGGACAAAGACACCUAUCAAUAUUUGAUUCGCGUUCUCGAGUUGAUGCGUGCAGGCUUUCCUACGUCUGAGGAGAAGUUGAUGUAUGUGCAAAACGUCUACCAGGAAACUGUAGGCCAUGAAAUUGAAUAUGCACAAAACCAGGUUGGUUCACGUGUCAUGGAUUCUUUGCUAAAGUACGUUAAUUUGGAGACCAUUCAGAGGUUGGUGAAGGCACUUGAGUCCUCUCUGAGGAAAUUAAGCAGCAACAGAUUUGCCAGUCACGUCUUGCAGAAGAUAAUAAUGGUUUGCGCUGACAGAGGCAACAGGAUAUCCAAUAUAUCAACGACAGAGAAGACUACCAUAAAUAAAACAAGUACAGAAGCAGAAGAUGGUGCUGCUGAUGCUGUCAUAGAAGUUAAAUAUGCUGAAGUAAAGAUUUACAACGACAUAGUGCUAAAGCUGAGCAGAUACUAUGUUAAUAAUAUGGAAGAAUUUAUAUUUGAUACUUAUGCUAAUCAUGUUCUAAGAACUGUCAUAGAGUGCCUGGCAGGAUUAAUUGAGAAUGCUGACAGCGAAGAUAAUAAGAAAUCUAUGCCAUGUCUUGCAAGCAGACGUCCUGUGGUACAGGAAUAUAGUGAUCUGCUGGUACAAUGCUGUGAUCGACUACAAAAAUGGCCGCAGUUUCUUGAAUUUGGACAAAAUGAAGUUACUUCUGGCUUAGUACAAUGUGUCCUGUAUUCAUUGAAAGACGUUGAUUCAGAUUUAACGAAAAUCAUCAUCACAAAGAUUAGCAAAAAAUGUUUUAAACCAGGAGAAGAUGGGAAACUAUCGGAUAUAUUUAACACAGAAUGUUCCAUCAGGAUAUUAGAAGUUUGUUUGAUGGUGGCAACACCAAAGAGCUUCAAGAAACUAUAUAAGAUGUUCUUUGCCGGAAACUUAAAACACUUGUGCUUGACACGAAGUACCAAUUUCAGUGUGCAAAAAUUAUUGGAUCAUUGCAGCACUAAAGAGGAACUGGAGAUGAUAUUCGAUGAAGUGUCGGAAUACUUUCCGGAAAUUCUCAAGCAAGGUUUCACUGGGAUACUGGCCAGCGCUGGAAAUGCAUGUCUGAGGUUGCAGAUAAAACAAGGUGCAUUUGUCAGUGCUAUAAUCAAGUUACUGGAAUGCGGCGCAUCCACACAAGAUCAAAUGCAGCUCGUUCCAUGUACGGUGACUCUAAAGAGUCUGGCUCAAUUGAAAGAUCUUCCAAAUGACCAACAACCACCUUUCAACUUACAUGGCAGUCUGAUGAUACAAGCGAUGCUGCAGUUCAACAAACCCAUCAAGAUCGUAAACUCGUUAUUGGAAAUGAACAACGAGGAGUUACUGCGCUUAUUCGGUGACCCGAAAGGCAGUCGAAUUCUCGACGCCUUCAUGGAUAGCAAAUAUAUCGGCGAGAAGAGUUGCGAGAAAUUAUUCAAGAAGCUACGCGAUACCUGGGCGGAAUUAGCCAAAAGCACCCACGGAUCUAGAUGCUUGGAUAAGGUGUGGGCAUGGGCGCGUAUGAAUCAUAAACUCCUCAUUAUGGACGAGUUAGCUGCAGCUGGGGAGUCCUUACGGUUGACCAAAUCGGGCAGGAUCAUCUUCACGAAGCUGAACCUAUCGUUAUUCCAGAGAAGUAAGAAAGAGUGGUCGGAGUCGCAAGGAAAACAGGAGAAGACCAGAGCAUUGUUUGCAAAUAUUAUUGGAAAUGUUUCUGAAAAAUCAUGAAUCUAAAAUAUUUCAACACCCGUUCUUACACGCUUAUACAUAUUUGUUGAAUGAAUGCCAAUCAAUGUGUCAUUUUUUCCAUUGAAUAUCAAAUGUUCGUUCUUAUCUGCGGAAAACGGGGAGAUCUUUGAUCUCAAAUAUAGAAUAAAGUAAAAUAGGACGCGUUAUAUAAAUCAAUUAUAUACUCGUGUACUUUCACAGGUCAGAAUUUCGCGAUAUGCUGUUAAAAAUUAAUACAUUAAGAGUGCGCACGGUAUCUUAUCGAAUAGCAAUCAAGCUUCUAGAGUUUUACGUUAUGUUGGUGUUAUCCCACGAAAAUAAAUGAUUAUCCGAUUCAA